AUGGAAGUUCUUCUCGCUUUGAUGGUGUGUUUUGCGAUACCUUCGCUUAUCCAAGGUAAAGCUUUCACUUCAAUAUUUUCUCUUUCUUCCAUUGAGAUUAUUAUUAUCUUUUUCUAAGGUAGAAAGAAACCAAGGCUAAACAAUAGAAAAUAAAAAAUUAAUAUCUUUCUGGGUGUAUUUUUCACUUCAGCUUUUCCCUUUUUUUAUAAUCAUUUUCUCUAAUUAUCUUCGCUUUUUAACAAACCAGUGCUAAAACAUAGUGAUGAAAAUCAAAAAUUAAAAUUAAUUAAGAUCUUUAAAAUUAUUUUAGAUAAAUCUCAAAGGAGUUGUUUUGUUCUUAAUGAGCUUCAACAUAAACGCAAUAAAAUGAUGCCGGAUACUUGAAUCGGAUUUUGGAUUCUAUAAGAAUGUGUGGGCGCACUUUAUUUUCUACCACCGCUUCAGACUGUCACAUGAAAAAAAUCCUGCAAGCGAUUGUGUGUAAAUACCUUUCCAUAGUUUGAUCUUUCAAUGAUUUAUCACUUGAAAAAUAUACGAUUUGUAUUCUUGUUUAACAGGGUGUGGCAGGAAACCUUUUGGAUCCCGCAUUGUAGGGGGCGAACAGGCACGUCCUAAUUCCUGGCCGUGGCAGUUAUCCCUUCGAGUAUAUGGAAGCCACAUAUGCGGCGCCUCCCUGCUGAAUCAGCACUGGGCUUUAACUGCCGCACAUUGUGUUGAUCGGAGCAGUGACCCCAAUCGGUACUCACUUGCUUUGGGUAAGUCAAUGAGUUUGAAAUAAUUUUUUUCUUUCUAAUGCAUUUUAAUAGAUUCAUGCGGGCGUGGAUGAAAUUCAUAUGGCUUCAUUACAACUCUUUUUAAAAUAACUAAGAUAGUACGCGCGCUCUGAUUGGCUGAUAGGAGUGUUUGCAUGAGAGUAUGUAAACAUGGUUGUGACGUGGAUGUUUUGCUUUUCGCGCGCUAAUCACGCAAGCGCGAAUUUGAAAAAAAGUUUUAGUGAUCAAAACUCGACAAGUUUACUAUAUUUACCCAUUCCUUCGUCGGCCGACACUUGGAAAAUCUUUACAAUCAAGCUCUGUCAACUUUUUUUCGCUUAAGCUGACAUUUUAAGCGAGAAAAAUCUGUAAUUUGGAAAGCAUCUUUUUGCAAAACAAGAACUGAUUACGCGUGCAGGACUUCGUGUACAAGACUUUUGCGACUGGUAAUUUCUCGACUGGUAUUUCUCGACAGUUGUUCAAACCCUCGACUUCGUCUCGAGUUUGCAUAACUGUCUCGAAUUCUCCCAACCCCCCUCGUGUUUAUAUCAGGCUAUGCAAACAUGGAAAACGUUUUCUGUUGCUUAAUUGACAUACAGACGUUCAUCCAAAGCCCUUGCCCCUCUCUACUCGUUAUUUUGGUACAGGGCAAUAUUGAAAGAAGAUCCUCAUUUUUAAAAAAAAGACUUGAUCACAUUAAAUAUCACAUUCAUAUGACACAGAGGAUACAUGAUAGUAGCGUAUCGAUACCCGUUAUGAGUUAAAUGGCGCGUCCCCUCCUAUACUGAAUCUCAGUUUAAUAUUUGACACAGGUGCUCAUGGAAGAACAAAUGACGGUGAGGUGUACAAGGUGAGCCGUGUAAUCAAACAUCCUCAGUUCAGUAUGCAACAUCUGCGUCACGAUGUAGCUGUGUUAAGACUGGCGCGACCAGCAAAUCUAAACAAUAAAGUUGGAACCGUCUGUCUGCCUAGGCAUGGGUCACGUGUUAAACCAGGAACAACAUGCUACGUUACAGGUAAAUUAUAUAGCGUGAGACUGACGCAUUUUUAGUUACAUGGUUAUGCACGUUAUCGUAGUACAACUUAAAAAACUAAUAUUUCCGUUCAUGGUUUACACUACAAAUCUCAUGUAAUGCUUUUCAAGAAACAUUCACGAUAAACGUUUUGCCUUAGUAUCAACUAUAGCAUUUUUUAAAAUGCAUCAUUUCUUAUUUUAAACUGAACCUUAAACAAAAGAUAGGGUAAACAUAAACUCGUGUUUUCGUGUAUUUACUGAGCCCUUUUUUUACUGUCCUCUUUUAUUUUUUGCAAAUGUAUUUUUUUCGACUUCCUCGAUAACAAAUCUACUAGGCGGCGGUUGUGAGGUAACCUCAGAGGAUAACAAGAACAACGGAAGCUGUCCUCCAUUACUAUCUGUUAUGGUUGUUAAAUCAUUAACUAAUGCCUUUUUCUUUGGCGCAUGCUUUUAGGAUGGGGAAGAAUCAAUCCAAACAACAACGCCCUCUCUCCCUACCUUAAACAAGCUGCGGCUCCAGUGGCCAGUCACAGUCAGUGCCGGCAGAGAAACGGAGGAACAGUGGACGAAAGUUCCAUGGUUUGUGUAGGGGGACGGGGUAGUAGUGUGUGUAACGGUGACAGUGGAGGGCCCUUGUCGUGUAUGGAAGGUGGCAAGUGGGUGGUUCGCGGUGCAGCUUCCUGGGUGACCAGCCGAUCAUGUCCUGGACACACUUAUUCCGUGUAUGCUCGCGUAAGCUCAUACGUGAACUGGAUCAACGGCUUCAUACAAGGUGAGUAA